GGCUUUACCACUUCUGUAGCCGCCAUCUUGUUGCACUGCCAGAUAGAGCUUGAACGCGAACGAGCGCAUCUUAUGAGAGCACUAUUCAGGACCACUUUUAUCUCCCUUAUGAAAAUUUUUGUAUCGCACACGAUUCUGCCAGACAAAACAGUCGUUUCGGAUGAUGCAAAGGAGAGGGAUGUCGAUCUUUCAGAGCCCAUACAGCUCGUGUUCGUCGACGGCAAGGUGACAAUAAGGAUAUUUAAGCAGCUAUACUUGGCAGGGAUGGAUGCACACUUUGUGGUGAAAAACUUGGAGCAAUUUAUAUUCAAAAUGAGACUCUUCAGAAAUUUGGAGAUUAAGGUUGUUGACGGAGAGUCUCCGACUAGAGACAGGGAGCCUCCAAAAGAGAUUGUAGAUGCAUUUGGGGCCAAAAAUGCGCCAGCUGCUGAAAGCCAACUAGACAGGAUGAUCGAGAGGUACGUGGAUGAUGGGUCAAUUGCAAGAGGGGUGGAGCUGAGCUUUAGACCCAGGAUCUUCGAGGCCAUAAGGUCUAGCUUAGAGAACAGUGAGCUGUAUAAAAGCAAAGCUACCAUUUCACACAAGAUAUUCGGACUAUUAAAAGGUGGGAAAAAAACAAUACACGAGAUUGAAACGGUGAAUGGCGCGGCGGAGAGUGUCCACAGAACACUGAAGAGCAUGGUGUAUUCUGGGAUUGUGGUGAAGAAGGGCGAACAUUUCCUACUAUCGGAGAUAUUCUGCUAA